CGACCAGGUUGCGCGCGGUCGCCCCGCAUCCCCGCGGCUUGCAGAGGGCCAGAGAGCGGGAGUGCCGGGCAGCAGAGCCAGGUGGGAAGAGGAGAAGAGCCAAGAUGGAGUGAAAUGGAAACAGCUGGAACACAAAGGCCCGUACUUCGCUCCCUCAUAUGAGCCCCUUCCUGAUGGAGUUCGUUUCUACUAUGACGGAAAGCCGGUGAAGUUGAGCGUAGCAGCCGAGGAGGUCGCUACGUUUUAUGGGAAAAUGUUGGAUCAUGAAUAUACAACAAAAGAAGUUUUCCAGAAUAACUUCUUCAGUGACUGGCGGAAGGAAAUGACAGCAGAAGAGAGGAGGGUCAUCAAGCACCUGGACAAGUGUGACUUCACCGAGAUCCACAGACACUUUGUGGACAGAACUGCAGCCCGGAAAGCCUUGUCCAGGGAGGAGAGACAGAAGCUAAAAGAAGAAGCAGAAAAACUUCAGCAAGAGUUUGGCUACUGUACUCUAGAUGGGCACCGAGAGAAAAUUGGCAAUUUCAAGACGGAGCCCCCUGGGUUGUUCCGGGGCCGCGGCGACCAUCCCAAGAUGGGGAUGCUGAAGAGGAGAGUCCUGCCGGAGGAUGUGACCAUCAACUGCAGCAGGGACUCAAAGAUCCCCGAGCCCCCGGCAGGUCACCAGUGGAAGGAGGUACGCUCCGAUAACACGGUCACGUGGCUGGCGUCCUGGACGGAGAACAUCCAGAACUCCAUCAAGUACGUCAUGCUGAACCCCAGCUCGAAGCUGAAGGGGGAGAAAGAUUGGCAAAAGUAUGAAGUAGCUCGCCGCCUGAAAGGGGUUGUGGAUGAGAUCCGUUCUCAGUAUCGGGCUGACUGGAAGUCUCGAGAAAUGAAGAAGAGACAACGUGCUGUGGCCCUUUAUUUCAUUGAUAAGUUGGCGCUGAGAGCCGGGAACGAGAAGGAAGAAGGUGAGACGGCGGACACGGUGGGCUGCUGCUCCCUCCGCGUGGAGCACGUCCAGCUGUACCCAGAGGCCGACGGCUGCCAGCACGUUGUGGAAUUGGACUUCCUAGGAAAGGACUCCAUCCGCUACUACAACAGAGUGCCAGUGGAGAAGCCUGUAUACAAGAAUUUGCAGCUGUUUAUGGAAAACAAAAGCCGUGGGGACGAUCUCUUUGACAGACUGACUACUAGCAGCCUGAACAAGCACCUCCAGGACCUGAUGGACGGCCUGACUGCCAAGGUGUUCCGCACCUACAACGCCAGCGUCACCCUGCAGGAGCAGCUGCGGGCGCUGACCAGAGCUGAAGACAGCGUGGCUGCUAAGAUUCUGUCUUACAACCGAGCAAACCGAGCCGUGGCCAUUCUCUGCAACCACCAGCGGGCAACUCCCAAGACCUUCGAGAAGUCGAUGCAGAAUCUCCAGUCGAAGAUCGAGGCGAAGAAGCAGCAGGUGGCCGAGGCCAAGGCGGAGCUGAAGAAGGCGAGGGCCGACCACAAACCUGGUGGGGAUGACAGGUCCAAAAGCUUCCUGGAGAAGAGGAAGAGGCUGCUGGAGAAGCUGCAGGAGCAGCUCGUGAGACUGAGCACACAGGCCACAGACAAGGAGGAGAGCAAGCAGGUGGCCCUGGGCACGUCCAAGCUCAACUACCUGGACCCCCGGAUCAGCGUCGCCUGGUGUAAGAGGUUCGGGGUGCCGGUGGAGAAGAUCUACAACAAGACACAGAGGGAGAGGUUCGCCUGGGCGCUCGACAUGGCAGGUGAAGACUUUGAAUUCUAAACGAGCAUCUCCGUGCCUCAGUGGAAUUUAUUGUGUAUAUUUUCACUAUUAAAGCAAUAUUGGGGAAUUUUGUA